UCACGACGUCGUCACGGCUAGAAUUCCAUUUCCCGCCCCUCCUUGCAUUCGAUUCGGAAUAAUCAGAACUCUGGAGAUUGGAUCUUAAUAUUUUCUUCUUCUUCUUUUCGCCUGAUCUACCAAUAUCAUCUACAUCUAGUUUCCUUUCUUUGUUCUCCGCCUCCAAUCUAUGGAAGCUCUUUAUUCCAAGCUUUACGAUAAAUACUCCAAACUUAAGGUGAAAAAGGAGUGCGAAAUAGAAAAGAUCGUCCGUGAUCAAGAUGUUAAAUUUAUGAAAUAUAUAUCUGACGGAGAUGAGUUGAUAGAACACUUGAGGAAAGAAAAUGAAGAACUACAUGCACAGGUAGUGGAAUUGAGGAAUGAACUUGCUUCCAUUAGAUCAUCAAAUGAUGAGCAAUAUGCUGAGCAUCAAAAGAUUAUAAUGGAAGAGAAUCAGAAGAGUAAGAAGCUUUCUGAAGAGAUUGAAAAGCUGCAGAAAUUUCAACUCAUGGCUGUCAACAGUGCAAGCCAGGACAUUGUGAACACAGAGCAAUCAAAUAAACGUAAAAUAUCUCUAGUUGAAUCAGACGGUUUAACGAUACAUGAGACAAGUAAGCGUAGCAGGCAUGAUAGCAUUGACCAAUUGAUAGAGAACGAAAAUGAUUUUGCUAACCAAACAACACCUUGUCAUACGGAAGACAAAUGCCUAUUCAGAAACCUUCUUGAGUUGUUGGUUGGGAUGAAAUUAUCCAAUGUUGAUCGAACAGAUGAAAUGAGUAUGUCAGUGACUCAUCAAUCAAGUGGUUACUCGUUCAGGCUGACAUGGAUAGAUGACGAGACAGACGGAGAAGUGAAGUUAUUGUACGAGGCAUUAUCGCUUGGAACCUUCGAGAGAGUCGCACCAGAAUGGAUGAGGGAAAUCAUAGUUUUCAGUACAAGAAUGUGUCCCGUCUUCUUUGAGAGGUUAUCUCGCGUUAUCAAGCUCUAUGUCUAAUUGUCAAAUAUUAGAAUUAUGCUUCUUCUCUUUAAUGUAAUCUUAUU